CUAUAAGAAGGGGGCUCUGGGGCGGGGCUGCGCGCUUGGGAGUCGGGCCAGGCCGGGGACAGCAGCAGCAGCAGCAGCAGCAGCAUGAUGGGCGGCCUCGGCGUCUUGGGCGCGCUCUGCUUGAGCUCGGCGCUGGCGGCGGCGCUGGCGCGGGGCCACAGCGGCAGCGGCCGCCCCGGGGGCGCUUGGCACCACCACCCGGGCUCCCAGCCUCCGCCCAACGACACAGAGCUGCUGCAGCGUUGUGCGGACGAGGCUGGCUUUGAUGCGGUCGCGCUGGAUGAGAGCGGCACGAUGCUCUUCUUCAAAGGGGAUUUUGUCUGGAAGGGAUUCACCGGGCCCCGCGAGCCCAUCAGCGCCUCCUGGCCUGAGGUCCCGGAGGGCCCCCUCGACGCUGCCCUGAGGAUCCACCGCCAGGACCACCCGGAAGUGCACGACAGCCUCUUCCUCUUCCAGGGCAAGCGUGUCUGGGCCUACGCGCAAGGGAAGCUGAGGCACGGCUACCCCCGGCUCAUAGCGGAGGAGUUUCCCGGGGUGCCCGGGGACCUGGCUGCCGCGGUGGAGUGUCACCCCGAGGAAUGCACGACUGAAACCAUCAUCUUCUUCCAGGGCCCCGCGGUUCUCUCCUACGACCUGAAGACCAAGGACCUGAAGCGCCGCCAGUGGCCGGCGGUUGCCAACUGCUCUGCUGCUGUGCGCUGGCUGGAGCGCUAUUACUGCUUCCAGGGCAUCCGCUUCUGGCGCUUUGACCCGGCCACGGGAGAUGUGCCCCCGCACUACCCUCUGGAUGCCAGGGACUACUUCAUGCUCUGCCCGGGAAGAGGGCACGGGCACGGGGCGCGGGGCAAUGCGACCCUCCGGGCUGUCACGGACCGCUGCAGCGGGCACCCCUUCCAGGCCUUCUCCUCGGACGACUCUGGGCGGAUCUAUGCCUUCCGUGGGGGGCAGUACUUCCGCCUGGACUCUGCGCGGGACGGCUGGCACUCCUGGCCUCUCAACCACACCUGGAAGGAGCUGGAGGGGAAGGUGGACGCUGCCUUCAGCUGGGAGGAGAAGCUCCACCUGAUCCAGGGCUCCCAGGUCACCAUCUACCGGGCUGCCCCCGGCUACCCCCGCGUGGAGGGCUACCCCCGGGCCCUGCAGGCUGAGCUGGGCCUUGCGGGAGCCGAUGCCGCCUUCACAUGCCCUCACGCCCAGGAGCUCUACGUCAUCCAAGGAAGCCAGAUGAGGCGUGUGGACCUGCUGCAGAGCCCCCGGGCGCCGGGACCAGCGGUGCCCCUCCCUCAUGCCCAGGUGGAUGGCGCCCUGUGCACCAGCAAGGGGGUGUACCUUUUCCAUGGGGCUGACUUCCACCAUUACGCGGAUGUGGCUGCGCUGAGUGCCGCUCUGGCUCCGGCCCCUGCCCAGAGCACUGCGGCCAUCUUCUUCAGGUGCCCGGCUGUGGCUGCGGGGAGCGGCCAGCAGGGCUCUCCCCAACAACGGCCCCCUCGCCAGCGAUGAGGGCCCCAAAUGGGCCAGGGCCACCCUGGAAGCCACUCCCUGCUCUGCCUCUCCAGGCAGCCAAUAAAGCCCUUGCCUGCC